UCCCAUGAGCAUCUCCGGCGGGGAACUCCAUCUCCCGGUCUCCUCUAAGGCUCGAGGGCUCCCCCUGGUGACCGAAUUGCAGUCCGCUGUGACAGAAGCCGAUGACAGCAGUUGACGUGCGGACUGCGUAGCGGGCUUUGGAGUUUACAGAGGCAACAUUUACUGGGUGCGCCUGCCAAUCUCCACCGACAUCAAUAGAGGGGACACGUGCCAGCCGAGUGACGCUGGGUGCUCAUGUGACCCCCUGGAGCUUUUCUUCCAAGCUCCAAAUACUGCAGAGGGAGAGGCCAAAAUCCUCACUAACAUCGGCCUGCGCAGAGGGAGGGGCUGCUGACGUCACUCGGGAGGAGAGGAGAAGAGCUCCGGCAGGGCACGGGAGCACCCAGCGGCGCUGGAAAUAAGGGGUCAACAGUUACCCAGUCUGUGCUCCUGCAACCAUGGCUUCUCGGAUUGGAUUACGAAUGCAGCUGAUGAGAGAGCAAGCGCAGCAGGAAGAACAGCGAGAACGGGUACAGAUGCAACAUCAGCAACAUUUCAUGCAGAGGCAACACCUUAUGACUCCCAAUGCAUCCCCUGCAAUCAGCACACCUGCUUCCUUUCAGGCACCACCACCUGUUCCUGUUGAGGUCCUUCAGGUGCAGACACACCUUGAGAACCCAACAUCUUACCACCUGCAGCAGUCUCGAGACAAGAAGGUUCGUGAUUAUCUGUCGGAUACUUAUGGCAAUAAAUUUGCUUCUCAUCUUAGUCCACUCAGGCUGUCUCCUAAACCCCCACCUGCUCCUCCAUCUCCUGCAAACCGUACUACUCGCCUUUCAUCUUCAGCAGGAAACAGUGCACCAAACAGUCCCAUGUCCAGAAUGAACUUGUGCUCCAAUCCAGAACGUGAAAUGGAUGAUGUUCUUGACAGCAUAAUUAGCUUAGAUGAUAUGUAUGGAUGCACCGAACCUGCCCUCUCCAUGCCAAAUACGUUGCCAUUUUCCAGUAGCCAUUUGGGGCUCUAUAGUGAUAGUCCACGGCUUAGUGAUACCGUUGUAGGUAUGACUAGCAAUUCAUGCCCAGCGGACUUACCAGUAAAGAGAGAACUAACGGAUGCAGAAAAUCGUGCUCUUGUUCGUGAACGUCAGAAAAAGGAUACACAUAACAUGAUUGAACGAAGGAGAAGAUUCAACAUCAAUGAUCGCAUAAAGGAGCUGGGCCAUUUAAUUCCAAAAACAAAUGACCUUGAAACGCGGUGGAAUAAGGGGACAAUCUUGAGAGCCUCUGUGGAUUAUAUCAAACAUAUGCAGAAAGAACAACAAAGGAGCCGAGACUUGGAGAUGCAUUCAAAGCAACUGGAACAAGCUAACAAACAACUUUGGCUUCGGAUCAAGGAGCUGGAACUGCAGACACAGGCACAGGCACAUGGCCUUUCUGCAAAUUCCUCCCAUGGUUUGAACCCCACUGAUGCCGUCAAGCAAGAAUCAGAUCCUAUGCUAGGUAUUCAUCAGCAACUUACAGUUCCUCAGCAAACUACAUAUCAGCAGACAGUGGACUUUUCUACAGGCCUUGGAUACCAAAACAGUGCCUGCGCAGACACUUCUUUCCCUGCAAUUUCCAAGUCAGAGCUUGAUCUUAUGCUUCUGGAAGACACCAUGCUAAGCUCUGAUCCCAUGAUGACAUGUGAUCCACUUAUGUCUACCCUUUCUCCUGGAACCUCUAAGGCUAGCAGCAGAAGGAGCAGCUUCAGCAUUGAUGAAGGGGAUGGUCUGUGACAUCAUGAACUCUAAGACCUGGUAUCCUUGUUUAUUUUGUACAGUGACUGGUAAUGACAUCACUGCAAACUAGGACCUGGGUAUCAUGUUACCUUAUUUAUGGGACAGUUUGGUAAGAAGCACAUGACCACUAAAUUAUAUGCACUUGAGAAUAUGCAACUAUAUAGUCAGAUAGUCUAGUGCUUACCGGCAACAAUGCAUAAAUCAUGGCUUGGGAAGGUCCUUUUUUUUGAAAAGCAAUGGUUCAGAGUUUUGAAAAACCUGUAAACUAAUAACAUCUGGACACUUCAAGAAGAAGUACUAAAUAACUACUUUCCUACCAGCGACAUUUUUCUAAAAUCUCUGCGCGAGUGUCACAUACAGAUGCCUCAGCUCCUACACUGCCUGUUUCCUCUGUGGCAUGCACAAGGGACACUUGCCAAGAAUCUGGAGUGCCUUCACCGAGAAACACUGUGCAUAUGGACUUUGACUAGUUUGGGUAUAUCGGCAAAUAUACACUUUCGUUAAAUUAAGGAGUGUUACAGUUCUUUUUGAUAACGUUGUUUUAAAACGUUGGAAUGUGUGCUUAUGUUUUGAUUUUCCAUACAAUUUGUCAACCUGGAAAUAUCAAGACCUUGGAUAUUAAGGAAUAAUCCACUUUCAUCUCUUUUUGAAAUCACUGGAUCAAGCUGUGGCUUAAAGUUUUUGAAAAUAUGGAUAUAUUCUGGGUACCUUGGAUACUCUCAUACGAUUUUGUAUACACAAUGUAUACACUGUAUGCUGUAAGAAGUUGGUGUUUAUGGCCUUUUGUACACAGUUUCAUUUGCCAUUAUUUAAAGCUUUUCUCCCCCAUUAUUGCUAAUUGACUAUGCACAACUAAGACUGAUUACUGUUUGGAUUUUGACUCAUUGUUAUGUUUAAAGUGGUUGUAGACCCAACCACACAUCUUGCACCUACAGGUAAGCCUAGAUUAAGGCUUACCUUUAA